GUGGCGCUAUUGAGACUCUCGCGCAGCGCUGUUCUUAACAGAAGAAGUGGACACAACGAAGAAAAAAGCACGAAAACUGGAAUCAAUGAACACAACAACGGGAUAUAUAUAUUUGAAUGAUGUGACCACUGAUGGAAAUGCCACUGUGAGUGAAGAUGUCAAUAGCAGCAAAGCGAUGUGGAGUGAAGUUCAUUCCACCUUCAAUCAUCCUCAUAUAUGAGGAUAAGAACACGGGCAAGAUGCGAAAGAGAAUCAUACCUGUGAGGAACUUCUCUCAGUACUCAGACUGUAGUCGGGCAGCAGAGCGACUGAAGCAUCAUGUUCGUCACAGUGUUUACCUGGAAUCUGUCCCUUUGGCUCAACUGGAAAGACUCCAUCUUAUACUCCGUGAUCACUUGAGGGGCCUCAGUUUGGAGGAGAGUCUAGCAGCCCAGCGGGGCCCCGACCCCAAUGAUGAGGACCUCAAUAAACUGAGCGAUGAAGAGUUAAACCGCAGGAAAGCCCAGAUGGAGGAGCUUUUCGAACGGAACCGUCGACACAAAGAUGAUCCAGACUUUGUGUAUGAUCUAGAGGUUGAGUUUCCUGAGAAUAGUGUACGAGAGACAUGUAGCUGGGAUGAAGACAAGUCCGAUGAUGAGUUUUAGAAGAUCAAGGACACUGGAACUAAUUUAAAACUGCUUCUAAAUUAAAAUCACAUUUAAUUAUUGGAAAACUGUUGCAUUAUGGGAGUUACGUUACAGUCUGUGAUGGUGAAUAUACCUCUAUACAUUGCUGUAUGGUAACAUUUAUUUUCCUAUGGUACAGAUUGUUCUGGGGCCACUUCAUUGUGAAAGUGUUUAAUCCACUAUAGUACACAUUAUUUUCUAACAAUAUGAAUAUCUUUAAAAUAUACAAAUAAAAAUAUAUACUGUA